AGAGACUUGGUCUCUGAAAAAGUAGUUGAAACGGCAACACUGGGUUAUUGUGUUUUUCAGUUUAACGUGAAUGAUCCCCAAUUCCCUUUUUCUAUUCUUAAGUAUUUGUAUCGCCCUGCAACAACCGGCACUGAUUUUAAUGUUUUGAGUUUGCUGCGCUGCCAAAGUCCUAUAGAAUCCAUAAGAAAUUUCCGUGUCUCGGUUCCUAUUAAAAUGGAGAGCCAUUACUGGAAGCUCUUCGCUAUUUCGAGCGCUUUCAAGCUGAUGCUUGUUCCAGCGCCCCAUUCCACAGAUUUCGAGGUACAUCGCAACUGGCUAGCUAUCACUCAUUCUCUACCGCUUAAGGAGUGGUAUUACGAUGUGACCAGCGAAUGGACACUUGACUAUCCACCAUUCUUUGCAUAUUUUGAAUGGCUGCUGUCGCAGGUGGCUCAUUUAGUCGAUCCGGAAAUGCUAGUUGUUAGAAAUCUGAAUUAUGCAUCUACAGCCACUAUUUACUUCCAACGAUGUUCGGUAAUAUUUGCCGAUUUGUUAUACGCAUUUGGAGCUUGGCGAUGCUUGCGCGUUUUGAACAUCCCAAAAAAGUCGCAGCAACAUUUCGCAGCGGAAGUGUUAUUGUUGUUUAAUGUUGGUUUAAUUUUUGUGGAUCAUAUACAUUUUCAGUACAAUGGUUUUUUAUUCGGUAUACUGCUGCUAAGUAUCAGUUUUUUGCUGGAGGAACGGUACUUACUUUCAGCGUUCACUUUUGCCCUACUGCUGAAUUUUAAACAUAUCUUCUUGUAUAUGGCACCUGCGUUCGCCGUUUACUUACUGAAGUUUUAUUGCCUUGAUGCUGGGCGCAAUACCUACAAAUGCAUAGCUAAAUUAGGUGUUGUUGGCUUGACACCCUUCAUAGCUUCGUUUGGACCUUUUCUUAAUCAACUACCGCAGGUUCUGAGCCGCCUUUUUCCGUUCAAGCGAGGAUUAACGCACGCUUAUUGGGCCCCAAACUUCUGGGCACUUUACAAUGUCGCCGAUAAAGUGGCUGCGAAAUUGCUGGGUAUUUCAAAUGCAUCUACACCUUCAACAUCAUCCGGUUUGGUGCAGGAAUUUGAACCACUAGCAUUGCCUAAUAUAUCACCGCGUGUAACUUUUGUUUUGACGUUGCUAUUCAUGAUGCCAGUGUUGAUCAAACUUUUUUUCUUUACACCGAAAAGAACAUCGAAAGUCACUUUUCUACGCUCGGUUGUUCUCUGCUCAUGUGCUUCUUUCAUGUUUGGUUGGCAUGUCCAUGAAAAGGCGAUACUUAUGUGUCUCUUGCCACUUUGUUUACUUUGCUUACUUGAUUCAACGGACGCUAAAUAUGCUUUCUGGCUAAGUGCAGUUGGAUAUUUCUCCCUCUUCCCUUUACUUUUUCAGCCAAAUUUGUUAUUAUUGCGAUACGCUCUCUAUAUGGCCUAUAUGGCCUUCAUGUAUGGCCAACUUGUGCGCCUACAUCCGACCGCACCCGAUUUGAAAAUGUAUCGCAUGGAAGACAUCUACUUAUUUGGUUUUUCAUUGCUGCCUAUCUACGAACACAUUAUCAGUCCGCUUUUGGGCCUACAAGAAAAACUGCCAUUUAUGCCGCUUUUACUGACCUCGCUUUACUGCAGUAUAGGCGUCACAUACUUCUUUAUUUUGUAUUAUUUACAUACUUUAGAUAUAAGUCUCAGUGCAUUGUUUAAAUCCAUUCCUAAUUCAAUAGCUAAAUCAAAAUGUAAAUCGAAACCUAAGGAUAAGUCGAAACUUAGCUCGAAACCAAAGUCGAAGGUGCAAUAAAAGUUACUGUUGUGUUGUAAUUA